AUGCAGGCUUACUCAGAUAUCUACAAUGUGAAAUCCAAAUGGGACAAGGACCCCGAAGUGUACAAAGCGAUAGUGGAUACAUCCUCCGCAUUCGGGCUAAGAAACUACCAUGCGGCCAAAGAACGACGGGAUCUUAUAUGGCCGUUCUACUCGCGACAGAGUGUUCAAAGAAUGCAGAAGGCCAUCAAUCGGCAGAUACGUGUCUUGGUAAACCAACUCGAUAGACAGAACAAGGAAGGGAAGUUGUCGAACAUGUCGAUGGCUUUCCGCUGUUUAGCCCAAGACCUAAUGGCAGAUAUAUGCUUGGGAAUAUCCUUUGGAACUCUUGAAGCGAAAUAUUUUGACUCGCCACUGAUCCACGCCUUGGAUGAGGGCCUCGACAGUUACGUCCUUAUGAAAAGUUUCCCAACUCUGAGAAACCUUCUCUACUCCAUCUCAUCAUGGGUUACACUUCCAGGGGAGGCUGAAUUUGCCACUUACGGAACUAUAGUGGCAGACCAUGUUACUAAAGGAAUUCAGCAGCCUCACGCUAUUCCACCUAACACUAUGCUAGGCUUCCUGGUCCCAUCAUCAUCAAACACCGCAAAGGAGGCGUCACAACCAAAGCUGACGCAGGAGCAUAUGAUUGAGGAGCUUCAAACAUUUGUUAUUGGCGCCGGUGAAACCGUUGCCAGCGCCAUGGUCCAAAGUCUAAGCGGCAUUCUACAGAAGCCUGGCCUCUACAAAGACGUGUACGAGGAAAUCGUUCAAGUUUGGCCGGAAACGCAUGGGCCGGUUCCCCCAAUUGAGGUCCUAGAGAAAUUACCGCUAUUGACUGCUGUGAUCAAAGAGGCUCUCCGACUGACCCAUGGUGUCGUGGCGCCCUUGCCCCGGGUCGUUUCUGCCGGUGGUGCUUGGAUUGAUGGUUACCAUGUCCCCGGUGGGACAAGCGUUGGCACAUCCCAUGUAUUCAUCCACAUGUCACCGGACCAUCACGAUGCACCAGAGAAGUUUCGGCAUGAGCGGUGGUUAGGAAAUUCUUCAGACAAACAUCUGGUUGCCUUCUCCAAAGGCCCUCGUGCUUGUAUGGGGAUCAACCUGGCUUGGUGUCAACUCUAUCUUGUCUUGGCCACUCUGGUCAGGACGAUCCAGAUGGAUUACCCUGAGGAUCUCAAUGACUCCAAGUUCAAGUGGAAAGACUGCUUUCAGCCGCUGUACUAUGGAAGACCACUCCAGGUACGAUGUACCCCCAUGGAGGGCCAUUCUUAA